ACUAACAAAAUGGCAACAUACGGCGACGAGCCAGUCGACAGCUAUUUCUACCCAUCUUACAACCACAACCCUUAUGUGGGCCGUUACCGGCCCAAGGAGGCUCCGUGGAGGUACAAAAGUAGUUACCUGUCCCACUAUGGCAACGCCUCCGAGGCAUUCAACAACCAGCAGCGGGCCCAGCUCAAGUCCAUCCUGUCUCAGAUCAAUCCCAAGCUCACGCCGAGACUCCGCAAGGCAAACACCAAGGACGUGGCCGUGCAGGUCAACCCCAAACGGGACGCCACUGUGCAGUGCUCGCUCGGACCGCGAACCCUCGUCGCCAUGAAGCGAGACUUCCGGCGCAAAAAGUCCUCAGAGAGUUCUGUGACGUCCGGUGAAAAUGGAAGUCCCAAGGCUGUGGUGCGGUACCCGCGGACGCUGGCUCUCUACUCCCCCGUCGCUUACCGAAACAUUACCUGCUUCGUGGCGGGAGACAAGGAUUCGCCGCCCGGGGAGCCUGCUGCCGCUAAGGCGGGUGACGAGGAAGCGGACGAGGAUGAGGACGAGCCCGCGAAGAAGAAAAACGAGGAAGAGAAGAAAGUGGAAGGCGGGAAGGAGAAACGGUCCGAGCCGCUCAAGUCAGAAGAGCUGCAGAAAAGCGAAGACAUCGGGGCCGCCGUAGACGACGUGUCGAAGGGGAAAGCCAGAGUUCGCUUUCAGUUUCUAGAGCAGAAGUACGGCUAUUAUCACUGCCGAGGGUGUAACUUAAGAUGGGAAAGCGCCUACGUGUGGUGCGUUCAGGGAACCAACAAGGUUUACUUCAAACAAUACUGCAGGAAAUGCCAAAAGGAGUUUAACCCGUACCGUGUGGAGGACAUCACAUGUCACACUUGCAACAAAGCCCGCUGCUGCUGUGCCUUAACACAACGCCACGUGGACCCCAAGCGUCCGCACAGGCAGGACUUGUGCGGCCGCUGCAAAGGCAAGCGACUUUCAUGUGACAGCACCUUCAGCUUCAAGUACAUCAUCUGAUCACAACAGCAAGCGGAUUCUGUAAUUGGUUCGGUACUUUGGUGCAUGUUUUGUUGCAGCGAUUGCGUCGCCACACACAUUCACUAUUAAAAUGUCUAUCUUGCA